AUGACGGUUUACAUAGCGUCCUUGUUUCUCCCGUAUACAGUUAGCUUUCGUCCCCCAGACUCCCCUCCAACCCCUCCGCCAGAGACUGUACCGAAAAAUCAGGUUCCCGACACUGUUUCGGCUCCUCCCACCCCUGCAGUUAGCUUGUUUGAGAGGCGAAAGGAGGCUCCCAAUUCUGAAUACCCAUUCCCCAGAACUGGCAAUUCUUACAACUAUGAAGAUUUGAGAGAAAGCGAAGCCCACUCUCCGGCAUGGGGUGCCAGGACCGCACUGAACCAGCCAAAGCCGCAGUCGGCGUUUCUAGCAUCCCCAUCAAUUCUCAGGCAUCAGGAGCCGCUGGCUUCUUCAACAGAGAGCCCCCCGCCGAAAGUAGACGGACCGGCAUCGCAACCACCGGUCAGGCACUUAAGGAAACCGUCUGUUCGCUCCCAUAAUCGGAAACCUUCGUUCUCCGAAACUGAGUGGAAAAUCACAACAGCUGAGCAGGGUAAUGGUGGCUUGCGCAAUGCCGUGCGGGCCGCAGCGGAGAGCGGGCAGUUGGAAGACAAGGUGUGGGUGGGCACGUUGGGUAUGCCGACCGAUGCCUUAACGGCAUCUACCAAAUCGAUGAUCUCCGAGAAAUUAGAAAGCGAAUACGAUUGCCUGACGGUUGACGUUAGCGACGGCGAUUUUGACGGUCAUUAUACACAUCUCUGCAAGACGAUUCUCUGGCCGGUAUUCCACUACCAAAUACCUGAUAACCCUAAAAGUAAAGCCUACGAGGACCAUUCAUGGGUUUACUACGUCAAACUCAACCAGGCCUUUGCGGAGAGAAUUGCCCGAAACUGGAGGCGAGGAGAUACAGUCUGGGUUCAAGACUAUCACCUGCUUCUUGUCCCAGCGAUGUUACGGAAACUCCUCCCGGACGCGCAGAUCGGUUUCUUCCUACAUGUUGCGUUUCCAUCGUCAGAAGUAUUUCGGUGCAUUGCACCCCGCAAGGAGCUCCUCGACGGAAUGCUUGGAGCAAACCUUAUUGGCUUCCAGACAGAGGAAUACUGUCGACAUUUCCUCCAGACUUGUAGCCGAAUUCUUAGUGUUGAAGCCACGAAUGAUGGCAUUCAGUUGGAAGAUCGAUUUGUGAACGUGGCCAAAUUCCCAAUAGGUAUCGAUCCACUCUCGUGGGAUAAACGUCGUAAAGCAGCAGAUGUCGAACAGUGGGUCAAGACGAUAUCUGAUCGCUAUGCGGGGAAGAGGCUUAUCGUCGCCCGCGACAAGAUUGACGGGGUGCGUGGUAUCCGGCAGAAGCUCUUGAGCUACGAACUCUUCCUCAAUACCCACCCUGAAUGGCGCGAAAAGGUGGUCUUGGUUCAAGUCGCUACUAGCACGACCGAACAACCGGAGCUUGAAGCCAUGAUCUCAGAUAUCGUCAUGCGGAUAAAUUCAACACAUUCUACGCUUGCCCACCAGCCGCUCGUUUUCCUUAAGCAAGAUCUUGCCUUCCCGCAAUACCUCGCUUUGAUAUCCGUGGCGGAUGCGAUGAUGAUUACCAGUCUGCGUGAAGGUAUGAAUCUCACAAGCCACGAAUUCGUCUAUUGUCAGGAUGGGAAGUACGGCUCCCAGCGAUACGGAUCCCUGAUUCUCAGUGAGUUUACCGGGAGCGCAUCCGUAUUCGGCAACCAUGCAUUACUCGUUAACCCGUGGGACUAUCGCCAAUGUGCGGAUGCUAUCCUUACGGCUCUUACGCGCAGCGAGGAAGAACGCCAGCAGGUGUGGAAGCAACUUCACCAAGCGGUGCUUCAGAAUUCGACCUCCAACUGGGUGAAGUCGUUCAGCGAAACAUUAACUCGCGUCUGGCAUGAGCAAUCAUCUCGCGAAAUCAUGGCCGUUCCUCGACUUCCGAUGAAUAAGCUUGAAGAAAGGUACCGACAGUCAAAGCGGCGGCUCAUAAUCUUAGAUUACGAGGGAACAUUGGCGUCUUGGGGAUCUCCCAGGAGCAUUAUAGUUACAACACCACAGCGAGCUAUCACGACACUGGCGGACCUGACCGAGGACCCGAAGAAUGUGGUGUACGUGAUGAGUGCGCGUAUGCCCGAAGAGCUAGAGCGACUCUUCCGAAUGGUGUUCGGACUGGGUCUCAUCGCAGAGAACGGGUGCUUCGUUCGCGAGCCAUUCUCGGAGACGUGGUUGAAGCUGAUGAACCAAGCGCGGACCGACGCUUGGAAGACGGCUGUAAAUCAGAUCCUUGAGUAUUACCAACAGCGCGCAGAAGGAAGCUGGACCGAACAGCGCCACUGCUCGCUCGUCUUUCACUACGACGCGGCCGAGGAUCGCCCAGCAGCGGCUCGUUUGGCUUCAGAGUGUGCGGACCACAUCAACGAUGCAUGCGCCAACCAAGGUGUGCAUGCUCUUCUGGUUGAUGGCGUACUGGUGGUUGAAGCAAAGAACACAAACAAGGCCUCAGCAGCAGAAGUAGCCUGGCGGUCUUGCUUGAACCAGACGGGCGGUGAUGGCCGGCCGGACUUCUUGCUUGCUAUUGGCGAUAGUCGUGAUGACGAGCCGGUGUUCCGGUGGGCGAACAAACUGGAGUGCGCGCAUGCGGUCAGCUAUGCGAUGACGGUUACGCUAGGGUCGAGGAGCACCGAAGCGCGAGCGACCCUGACACAGGGAGUUGCUGGUGUUUUGACAUCUCUAGAGAAACUGGCGAAAACGUCGACUGAUCAAGGCGUUCCAACGUAG